CCACAAAACUCAAGAUUUUUAUUAUCAACAGUCGUUACUGGCCAUCAUCAUCGUCUUCUUCUUCUUCAAGUUGUUUUUCCUCUUCCAUGGCCUUAAAAAAAUACCCAGUUAAAACCCUAACUUGAUCUCUGCUUCAAGCUACUUUUUCAAAAUCACUUUUUUCUCCUUUUGGCUUUUUAAAGUUUUGAAUUUUAAUUGAUUGAUGUUUGAGGGCUGAGGCAUGGAAUUGGCCCCAGCUGCAAAGUCACCUGAUACUGAAAAUAAUGAAACGGUGGCAACAAGGAUCCUUCCGACGAGGCAUUUAACUUUCACCAACGGGGUGUUGAACCGCCACAAUCACCACCACGGUGGCGGCCACCAUCAUCAUCACCCUAUUGUGAUUACUUAUAAAGAAUGUCUGAAGAACCAUGCAGCGAGCUUGGGUGCACACGCUCUCGACGGCUGUGGAGAGUUCAUGCCUUCUCCUACUGCCACGUCAACCGACCCCACUUCUCUCAGAUGUGCCGCGUGUGGCUGCCACCGUAACUUUCACCGCCGUGAGCCAGAUGACUCGUCGUUUAGCCCCACGACGCCUCACGCCACGGCUAAUCAUAACACAAUUACAACCGCUACAAUUGAGUACCAGCCACACCACCGUCACCACCCUCCGCCUCCACCGUCGUCCCAAGCUCAACAUCCGAGGCACAGAAGCCCGAGUUCUUCGUCUCCGCCGCCGAUCUCGUCGUCGUUCUACCCCUCAGCCCCCCACAUGCUGCUUGCUUUAUCUGGGAACAUGAGCGGGCACGAAAAUGUUAUGAACAACGUCGGAAAUGUUGGGGCUAGCUCGAGGAAGAGGUUUAGAACGAAGUUCAGUCAGACCCAGAAGGAGAAAAUGCUCGAGUUUGCGGAGAGAGUUGGGUGGAAGAUGCAUAAGAACGACGAGGAGGUUCAGGAGUUUUGUAAUGAAAUGGGAGUGGAUAGAACUGUGUUGAGAGUGUGGAUGCAUAAUAACAAGAACACUUUUGGUAAAAAGGAGAGUCUUGGAAAUGAAAAAAUCAAUCUUGAAAGCAAUGGCAACAAUGGCGGUGGUGAAGAGGCGGAGGAGAAUAAUACUGCCCAUGGUGGUGGUGGUGGUGGUGUUGCUACGGCUAAUGGGUCAUCUUCUUCAUCUUGAGCAAAUGGGAAAAUAAGUGUUAGAUGAUAGUAAGAACUAAGAACUAAGGUUUAUUAUCUUUUUAUCUUCUUCUUUUAAUUAUUUUCUCUCCUCUUUUCUCUCUUUCUUUCCUUCUUUCUCUCUUUCUCAUUUUGUUCUUAUUUCUAUCAUAUUAAGAUGCUGAUGAUGAUGAACAAUCACUUCUCUUGAUGUUUGAGGAUGGAUAUAUGUUAACAUGGGAGAGCUUGUUCCAAAGGGAACUCCUUUUCUUUUCUUUA